AUGGAUUCUUCCAUGGGGAAACCAGGGUCAGAGGAGUUACAUGAUGAACUGAAAGCCUCACAGCCAAUCAUUACCAAGAGUGCCUCGGCCCACUUACCUGCUCCAGCACCUGUUGGGAGAAGGAGCCCUGUAUCAACCAGGCCUUUGCCAUCUACCAGCCAAAAAGCAAUAGAGAAUCAAGAGCACAGGCGAGCUGAAGUACACAAAGUUUCAAGACCAGAAAAUGAGCAACUCAGAAAUGAUAACAAGAGACAAGUAGUUCCAGGUGCUCCUUCAGCUCCAAGGAGAGGGCGUGGAGGUCAUCGAGGUGGCAGAGGAAGGUCUGGUAUCUGGCGAGAUGGUCCAAUGAAAUUUGAGAAAGACUUUGACUUUGAAAGUGCAAAUGCGCAAUUUAACAAGGAAGAGAUCGACAGAGAGUUUUAUAACAAACUUAAAUUAAAAGAAGAUAAACUUGAGAAACAGGAGAAACCUGUAAAUGGUGAAGAUAAAGGAGACUCAGGAGUUGAUACACAAAACAGUGAAGGAAAUACAGAUGAAGAAGAUCCUCUUGGACCUAAUUGCUACUAUGACAAAACUAAAUCUUUCUUUGACAAUAUUUCUUGUGAUGAUAACAGAGAACGAAGACCAACCUGGGCUGAGGAAAGAAGAUUAAAUGCCGAAACGUUUGGAAUCCUACUCCGUCCAAACCGUGGCCGAGGGGGAUACAGAGGCAGAGGAGGUCUUGGUUUCCGUGGCGGCCGAUGGUGUGGUAGCGGGAGAGGUGGUGCCUUUACCACCCCUCGAGGAUUUCGGGGUGCAUUCAGAGGAGGUCGUGGGGGCAGAGAGUUCGCAGAUUUUGAGUAUAGAAAAACUACAGCUUUGGGACCCUAA